GUUUUUCAGCGCUCCGUUGAAAUUUCAACGUGGGACAUCGAAAAGACGAUAGGCCGAGUCGUUCGAUUUGCGACUCCACGCCGAAUUGCUCGACGACAACCAGCACGGCUCUUGCAGACCUGUGAGCUGUUGGAGAUCGUCUUGCGCAGCUUCCAGGGAGCUUGGAUCUGCACUUUACGGGGCUGCUCUUGGCCAAUUGCUGGGGCUGCGAGACGUCGAGCGCAUACAAGAUCCUGCCCCCCACCACCGCCAAUGCUGGUCGACCACUUUGGGAAUUUAUACCUCGCAAUAUCGACUUCUUGAUCCUCGCAAACUCGAGGACAGCUUUCAAGAUGCUGCAGCCGAGGCUCUCCAUCGCUCCGGCGCUCAGCAGCCGCCAUCUUCUCGCAGCGUUCAACAAUCUCUCGCUGAGGGGUUAUGCCACCAAGGCAAAGACCACCAGCGAGCCGGUGGCCAGCACCGAGAGACGCUCGACUCAAUCCGUCAUGCUGCGCACCUACAAACCCAGGACACCCGGUGUUCGACAUUUACGGCGACCUAUAAACGACCAUCUCUGGAAGGGACGGCCGUUCCUCCCUCUGACAAUCCCGAAGAAGGGCCAGGGAAAAGGUGGACGAAACGUCUACGGCCGAAUUACCGUCAGACACCGAGGAGGCGGUGCUAAGAGGAGGAUACGGACGGUGGACUUUAUCAGAUGGCGUCCCGGGCCGCACCUGGUCGAACGGAUCGAAUAUGACCCUGGACGUAGUGCUCAUAUUGCUCUGGUCACGGAGCAGGCCACGGGGCAAAAGUCAUACAUCAUUGCCGCCGAUGGGCUGAGGGCCGGUGAUAUUGUUCACAGCUACCGUGCCGGUAUUCCACAGGAUCUGCUCGACAGUAUGGGUGGUGUCAUUGAUCCGGGUAUUCUUGCGGCCAAGACGGCCUUCCGAGGAAACUGCUUGCCGAUGCACAUGAUCCCGGUCGGAACGCAGGUGUUUUGUGUCGGCUCCGCAGCCAAGAGGGGCGCCGUCUUCUGCCGGAGUGCGGGUACUUCCGCCACCGUGGUGAACAAGAACGAAGAGACGAAAGAUGACGGCACCAAGAUCAUGACGGGCAAGUACGUCGAGAUCCGGCUUCAGAGCGGCGAGGUCCGCCGUGUGAGCAAGGACGCGUGUGCCACCAUUGGAGUUGCCAGCAAUAUCCACCACCAUUACCGGCAGCUUGGUAAGGCUGGUCGAAGCCGAUGGCUGAACAUUCGGCCUACCGUCCGUGGUGUGGCCAUGAACAAAGUUGAUCACCCUCACGGUGGUGGUCGAGGAAAGUCAAAGGGCAACCGUCAUCCUGUGACUCCUUGGGGCCGACCGACCAAGAGUGGUUACAAGACUCGCCGUGUGCACAAUGUCAACAAGUGGGUUGUGACGCCUCGGCCACGCAACCACGGCAAGCGGAGAGACAAGAGGUCGUCCAAGGAUUGAUCUUGAGACAGUCCAAUAGACAGUUUGAUGGAGGGAAAACGAUACGAAGCUAUGUAUAUGCGCCGGUAGCAAGCGUGAUGCAGCUCUGCGCAACUGUAUAUUAUGUGCUAUUAUUGACAUGCCUUGACGGCGAACAGCUUUGAUGAAGAUUCAUGUGCCGGCUAAGCACUGCCGGGACGGUAACA